UCAAAAUUCAGCGCUGUCCAAACGAGACUGAGGAACAUAAACAUCCAUUAAAAAAAAACGCCUAAAUCUUUCUCUUCAACAAUUCUGUUUCGAGAUUCAGAAAGUAUUUGCGAUAAUCGGUGCAACAUGUCUUCAGUGAUCUCUCAAACAUCAUGUUUCUCUAUGGCUUACAACAGAUUACAUCUCCGUGCUCGAUCACACCCCCACCUUCUCCGUUCCAAGGUGUUAAUGGUGAUGAACAAUGAUGGACAUGCCAUAAAAGCAUAUAGUUCAGAGAGUAGUGGUUCAGCUUUAUAUCAUAGAGCUGCUGCAUCAAAAUCACAUAAUGAUAUUGUAGUGAAAGCCAAUUCAAGUACAGUAGAAGUUGUUAAUGGAGAAGAGAUUAAUGAACCAGAGGAACAUGUAGUCUCUGAACAAAAACGAUCAGCAAAGAUUCAUGAUUUUUGUUUUGGACUUCCAUAUGGUGGGAUUGUAUUUAGUGGGGGGGUUUUGGGGUUUAUUUUUUCAAGAAAUACUGCUUCUUUGAUAAAUGGUGGACUCUAUGGAGGUGCUUUAAUGGCCCUUAGCUUUUUAAGCUUAAAGAUAUGGAGAAAUGGGCAUUCCAGCUUACCAUUUAUUCUUGGGCAAACAGGAAUUGCUGCUAUGCUUCUUUGGAAGAGCAUUCAAACCUAUUCAUUGACAAAGAAGAUUUUACCAACUGGAUUCCAUGUUGUUUUGAGUGGUGCUAUGUUAUGCUUCUAUACUUAUGUGAUGCUGUCGGGAGGAAACCCGCCUCCAAAGAAGGUGCAGUCUAUGGCUGCAUCCCAAUCGUAGUGAAAAUAAUAAAAUAAUAAAAUAUUGUGUUUUUGUUAAAUGUUAAUUGUGGGAUGUUUUCUAGUAAAAACGUGUGAUACAUUUGAUUAAUUUUAUCGGUAUAGAUUAUGAUAAUGAGAAAUAGAGUUUGGAUA